CCACGUCCUUCCAAGGCAGAGCUUAUUCUGACGACAAGAAUGGCUUCUCUUCAAUUUUGCAAAGAAUGCAAUAAUCUUCUCUAUCCCAAGGCGGAUCAACAACGAAGAGUUAUGGUCUAUGCAUGCAGAAUAUGCGCUUAUGAUGACGAAGGAGACAAUCAAUGUGUUUACAGAAACGAUUACUUGACGGUUACAAAAGAGCAAGUCGGUGUCACGACUGACCUUGGAACUGACCCAACGCUGGCUCACUCAAACCUUCCCUGCCCCCAAUGCGGGCAUGAAGAUGCCGUCUUCUAUCAGGACCAGUCGAAGAGAAAGGAGACUCGCAUGAUUCUCUUCUUCGUCUGUGUCAAAUGCAAUCAUAGUUUCACGGAUCCUAGUCUGGCCAUUGAUAACAGGCCAGAUGCGGCAGGCGAUGGUUGAUUGAGGUUGUGUUUCUUCUUUCUUUCCCUAUAAUUGGGCCCGUGCCGCACAUGCGCCCGGUGUAUAUUAGACAUGUAAAAUUUCAUUCGGCUUUCUAGCGGC